AACAACUUCUACAGGUUCCUUUCCCUCUGCUUCAACCAUUCGUCGCCGGCAACCAUCUUCUUUUCUUCUCUGGUCAUCAUCAUCAUAUUCCAUGGCCUCAGAACCAUCAAAUCUCAUCCAAGCUUUCACCUUUCCCCUCAUCUCCGAAUUCUCCUUCCAUUUUCGAUUUUUCCUCUCAUCUUCGAUCUUUGAUUCAUGGUCACCGGGGAAGGCCAGAGGUGAGUGGAUGUCAAAAACAGUGAGGAUGUGCCCAGAUCUGCAGAUCGGUGAUGGUGGUGGUGACGACGCGCAAAUAGCUGCAAAAUCAAGAAAUUCCGGACUCACCCGGCUCCCACCUGAGUUCUUGAUUUGUAACCUUCAAGUUUGAUUUGUUCUUCAGCGAAUCUGGCCUCUUAUCAACUUUGAUAUGAGGCUGGUUCUUACUUAUCAGGGCCCAAAUCUCUGGACAGAGGCAGGGAAGGAGCAGAUCCAAUUGGGUAAGGUUUCAGGGGGUCUCGGCCUGAUUUUAAGGGAUG